AUGUCCGCUUGUGUUGUUGUUAUUAGUAUGGCCGAAGGAGUUUUUGAUGCUACGAUUGUCUGCUGUUUUAUGUCACCUGGAUACGAGGCUUCGGAUAAUUGCAAACUUGAAUUGCAACAUGCACAACGACAUAAAAAACGCAUCAUUCCAUGCAUGGCUGUUAACAGAAAAGUAUGGAAACCAUCACCAAGAAAGUGGUUGGACUUGAUUACUGGCUCUAUACUGGCUAUAGAUUUUUCUGAUGCAUCAGAACUGAAUUUACAAGCGAGCAUAAGAGAACUCAUUCAGAGAAUACUAAAACAACAUUCAACCUCAGAAGUUGAAUCAACUGUACCAUCAAUGCAAAUCUUCGAGAAGAUUCGGCAGAAUUAUCUUAAAAAAAAUGCAGUUACACGCGCAGUGACUGAAGAAACUCUGUCAAUAGAAGAGAGCUAUAUUAAUUUGGCUAUCGUCGAAACAAAAGAGCAACAUGAAAAAGAGAAGAAACUCAAGGAACAAAAUCAACAAAUACAAGAAGAUAGUGAACAAGACAAUGGUUCUAAACAGAUGACAACUAAUCUUCUUAGCACCUAUGAAGAAAUAUAUGGCGUGAAGACUUCGAUUCAAGUAGAAAAUAUUUUUGACAAAUGUAAAGACCAAAUAAAGAAAGUACUCGUGUUUGGACGUGCUGGAAUCGGAAAAUCAACCUUUUGUCAAUAUGUUACUUACCGAUGGGCAAAAGGUGAAAUUUGGUCUCAAUACGAACUAGUUAUUCUCAUUUAUUUACGAAAUUUAACAGAUAGCAAGUAUAAAUCAGGAAAAGAUUACUCGCCAGUUGAUAUAGUACAAGAGGAACACUCACUAUCGGAAGGUUUAUCGAAUGAAAGUAGACACUGGUUCGAAAAACAAUGUAAGGAUGGUCAAAUUCUAUGGGUAUUAGAUGGUUAUGAUGAGUUUGUUCAGAAUAUUCCGAAAAAGUUAAAACCUAUGUUCGACUAUAUAUAUGGAACGCAACAUCAUAUAUUGACAUCUCGUCCUUAUGCUGUUUCAAUAGUAUAUGAUGUAAAAAUGGAAAUAACAGGAUUCACCAAUGAAAAUAUUCCAAAAUUUAUCGAGCAUUUCUUCAACGGAAUUAAAAACGAAAUGAAAGAUGCUUUACUUAGGAGCGAAAAACUGUUGCGUUUCUUGGAAUCUAAUCCUGGUAUCUGGGGAGUUGCUCACAUUCCUGUGAAUUUAGAAUUGAUAUGCAGCCUUUGGGCGAACACUGCUUCAUCCAAAGAAAGUAUGUUAACAAUAACGCGAUUAUAUGAUAAUAUAACAGAAUGGUUGUGUCGACGGUACUUAAAGAGAAAAGAUAAAGGUGAAGAAAUAAAUUCAAAUCUAACUCCGUAUAAGAGAUGUGAUAUGGAAUUACAAUUUCUCGAACGUUUGGCCUUCAAAGCAAUGGAAAGCAGUCAAAUUAUGUUACCACCGGAACUUCUCGUAGAAACAGAAUACGAGUUGAAUUGUUCGUUAGAUAACUAUCCGCAUUUAUUGAAUAUGGGUAUUCUAAAAUCAUAUGAUGACAGACCCAUUAACGAUAAAAUAGAAGCCAAUAAACAACAUUAUUUUGUUCAUUUGACUUUCCAAGAACAUUUUGCAGCUCGACAUUUAUUGAGAACUUUGAACAAUUCAAACAAACAAGAACCAAUAGAUUUUAUCAAUAAUAACAAGUACAACCAACGUUUUCAUUUCGUCUUUGUUUUUGCAUCAGGUCUUCUAGCAAAACCUGAUUAUAAAUCAUGCAUGGAUUUAUUUUGGAAAACAAUUCAAGAAGAACCGUUAGAUCUUGUCGGCAUCAAACAUAUAAAAUUAAUUAUUGAAUGCAUCGAUCAAAUUUUGGAUAUAACGGUAUUUCGUAAUCGUGCAGAGUAUUUAGUGCCAAUACUACGUUGGAUAGAGAUCUACUUUGUCAGAGAGUCAAAUCCAAUCACUGAUAGCCUUCUAGAAUCAUUUCAACGUACCAAUUCUAUAAUUAAUAAUUCAGCCGUACAAAAGAAAUUCUUUGAUUUACUUACUACAAGAGACAACAUUGGCAAAUUCCAUCUGCUAAGACAUUUAUCGCAGCUAACAAUAUCCAAUCAUACCCCUAAAUUGGUGUCAGCCAUUUCUAAAGAACUAAAGAAUGGGGAGAAAUCCGUCCAACGUGAAGCAUGUGAAUUUCUCGGCAAGAUGAGCUACAAAGCAGUAACAAAAGAGACGAUUACUACUUUAAUUAAUGCUCUUGAAGAUAAGGAUUAUUCUCUUCAAAGCACAGCUGAAAAGGCCCUUAUUAAGUUUGGGAAAGAAUCACCAACGCAGGAAGUGAUAGUUGGCCUACUAAGUGUACUUCAACUCCAAGAUAAAUCCAUCAAGUCGCGAGCCUGUGAAAUUCUAGGUGAAAUCGGUGCAAAAGUGGCAACAAACGAAGUCAUUGCUGCACUAAUGAUCACAAUUCGAGAUCCAGAUUGGAAUGUCCGCAACAAAUCGUCCAGAGCUCUGAGAGAAGUGCUCCGACAAGCGUCAAAACAUGAGCCGUCUCCUGCUUUAGUAGAAGCACUACAUGAUGAACAAGCUUUCGUCCGAGAGGAAGCAUAUGCAGUGUUAUUGAGUAUGAAUGAAAUAGCGGCAACAGAUAGCAUUGUUACUACUUUGGUAAAAGCAUCUCAAGAUGAAAAGCCAUCCAUUCGAUGUGAAGCAUGCAAAGCUCUGGGACAAAUACGGAAAGGAAAAUCAGGAAACGAAGUAAUAAGGGCUCUUCUCAUAGCGCUUGGUGAUGAAGAUCGUACUGUCCGAGGGACGGCAUGCAGAGCCUUGGGAGAGGCAAGUGGAAAUGCGCCUAUCAGGGAAGUAGUCACCGCUCUACUCAAUGCAGCUAAUGAUGAAGACAGGUAUGUUCGGGAUUCAGUGCAUGAUGCCUUCAAAAUCAUAGCCGAAAAAGCAGCAACAUCUGAAACAAUCGCUGUUCUCAAUGAUGCACUUCAUCAUAAAGAUGGUUUCAUGCAAUGUGCAGCGGCUCAAGCUCUCCGACAGUUAGCUGAAUGUACAGCAACAGAUGAAAUGAUUAAUGCUCUUGUAAAUGCAUUUCAGAUUAAGCACACUUAUGAUUUUUGGUAUUAUUGGAAUGUCUCUGAUGCGCUGAAGAAAGUAGCUGAAAAGCGGAAAAUUGAAGAUAUACUGGUUGUUCUGCUGCCUGUUCUUCGAAAUGGAGAGCUACAUGCAAGAAAAAACUUGUGUGAGGCCUUGAAAAAAAUAGGUGAAAAGGCAGCAACGAAUGAAGUCUUCAUAGUGCUGCUAAAUUCACUUCAUGAUGAAGACGAAUCGGUGCGAGAGGAAGCGUGUAAAGCCCUAGGAGAAAUGGGUGAGAAGGCAGUCACAAAUGAAGUUAUUAGUGGUCUAGUAAGAGUGCUUCAAGACGAAGAACAGCUGGUACGCAGAACUGCUUGUGACGCUCUAGGAAAAUUAGGCCAAAAAAAAAUAACGAAAGAGUUGAUCGACGCUCUCAUUUGUGCACUUCAACAUGAAGACGCUGAUAUCCGAAAAGGAGCGUCUUGGGCGGUAUCUAAAAUGAGCUCAGAAGUAGCAACUUGCGAAAUAAUUAGCAUUCUUCUCAAUGGCCUUCGUGAUACAGACUCAUCAGUUCGAUAUAAUGUACGUGAAGCCUUAGAAAAAAUGGGCGAAAAAGUUUCAAUCAACCAGAUGACCACUGCUCUAAUCAAUGCACUUCAGGGGAAAGAAUCGUCUGUUAAAGGUGAUGCCUGUAGAGUUCUUGAAAAAAUGGGUGAAAAGUCUGCAACCAGUCAAGUACUUGCCACUCUGGUGAGUACACUUAGCGAUGAAAAUUGGUAUGUACGGCAGGAAGUAUGUGAUGUUCUAAGAUCAAUGGGUAAGGAAGUGGCAACGAAAGAAGUUAUCGCCGCUCUGGUAAAAGCCCUCAAAGAUGAGAGCUCAUCUGUACGCAGAGCCGCGAGUGGUGCACUUGGAGCAAUGGGUGAAAAAGCAGCAACAAAAGAAGUGAUUACUGGCUUGAUAAAUGAAUUUCAGGAUACAGAGGACUUGGUCAGAUGGGAUGCACGUUGCGCAUUGGCAAAAAUAGCUGAAAAAAAAGCGGCAAAGGACGUUUCUAUUGUUCUUGUAUCAGCACUUCGAGAUGAAAAGUAUUAUGUACGGGAGGAAGCAUGCAGAGUUUUAGUGAACAUUGGCGAACAUGCAGCAACCGAUGAGGUGAUCGAAGCAUUGCUAGAUACUCUUCAAAGCAAAGACUCAUCACUCCGAAAAGCAGCCUGUGAAGCUUUGAGAGAAAUGGGUGAAAAAGCAGCAACCAAGGAGGUAAUACUUACUCUUCUGAAUCUCAGACCAAAUGAAGAGAAACCAGAUGAAUAUGGAGCUCAUGAAGCUGUUGAAAAAUUGACUGAGAAAGCAGCAACGGAUGAGAUAAUUACUGCUUUGCUCAAUAGAGUACAUGACAAUGAUCGAAGAAUUAGGUGUACAGCAUGUGCAGGUCUUGGGAAAAUGGGUGAAAAAGUGACGACGAAUGAUGUGAUUACUGCUUUGUUGGAAUCACUUCAAGAUACAGCUUUGGCGGUCGUAUAUCAGGCCACUGUGGCGCUAGGUAGAAUGGGUAGAAAAGGAGCUACGAAUGAGGUAAUGGUCGGUCUUUUGAAAGCAGCACAGCAUGAAGACUGGCGCGUACAAGAGCAAGCAUGUUUGGCACUAGAAAAUCUUGCUCAAAAAGCGACUGGAAACGAAGGUAUCACUGCGCUUCUGACUUUACUUCGUGAUGGAAAUUCCUCCAUUCAAUAUAAAGUAUAAAAAUUUGAACUUUUAGCAAUACGAUUUUAUGAAAUCAUGGUUGGACAAUUAACGAAAAUUGAAGAUCUUUCACAACGAGCACAAAUAGCUGCUGCUAAUCAAUUUAAAAAUCUUGGACAAAAUCAAGCAGAAACAAAUGUUAAUACUAAUGAUCAAACAGCCAAUUUACUUAAUCCAAAUGAUAAACAAACAACAGAUAAAAAUGUUAGUGCUCAAGCAACAGCUAAAGCAGAAACGAUUCAUGAAGAAAUUGAUGAAGAUGAACAGGUUGAUGCUGAAGGUAUUGAAGAAGAUGAUAUUCAAUUAGUUAUGUCUCAAUCAAAAACAUCACGUUCUCAAGCUAUUAAAGCUUUAAGAAAAUGUAACAAUGAUAUUGUUAAUGCCAUUAUAGAAUUGGCUGAAGGAAACAAAUUUAAUUUGUUUUAA